AGAUAUUCUAAUAAGUCCGCUCACUCUCAGCAGCGACCCAAAUCAUCACCCUCCGUCCUCGCGCGUCCCUUGCCUGGCCGGUCGGUCGUCAGUGCCCGUCUGACGGGGGAGCCAGUUUAACAGAGUGUCUCCGAUUGAACAGUUCGCAUCGUUCCGGCCAGUUAUACUUAGUGCGUAAAAUAAACAUUUUAUUGGAACUUUUAUUCUUGUAGUUAUUUGAACAUUUUUUAUUGUUGUGAUGACUUCUCACCGUACCUUUUGCAGUGUGGAUUCUUGUGAUAGUUUACGUGAAAAUAUUUCAUUUUUUCGAUUCCCCAAAGAUGCCACAAGGUGUCAGCAGUGGAAAAAAGCAUUUGGUUUUGUUGGAGACCACAAAUAUGCUAACUUAACACCUGAGCAAGCCUACAUUAGAAUACGAGUUUGUAGAAAACAUUUUGACGAUGAAUCCUUCACUUCCUCUGGAAAACAUUUACUUACCACUGCUGUGCCCUUAAAGUUUCCAACAAAAUUGGACGGUAAUGAUCAAAACAAUGACAAUCCAGGUCCCUCCAGCGUAUUAGCUCCUUCAAAAUUAGAUGCGUGUACACAAACAGAUACAUGUCAUGAAGUUGAACAAGAAUUAAUUCCCAACAAAGAAACUGAUUAUGUACUACAAUCCANAAUAUUCCUCAAUUUAUUGUUAUUAGAAUCUCAUAUUAUAUAA